GUUGGUAGAGGAAAGCAGGGAGGCCACCCACGGCACCCCCGCCGCGCUGAGGACGCUCAGGAGCCCGGCGACCCCGCUGCCGCGCACCACGAACAGCACAUAUCUGAAUGAGAAGUCACUCCAGCUGACAGAGAGAUGCAAAAAUCUGCAAAAUGGCUUUGAGACCUUAUCUAACAAAACGAGGAAAGGGUACUCGGAGGAUGACUAUCUUCAGAUUAUCACAAAUAUACAGAGCUGUCCUUGGAAACGACAAGUGGAAGCAUAUGAGAAUUUUAGAGCCAAACUUGCUUCCUGUUGUGAUGCUGUUCAAAACUUCAUUGUUUCUCAAAAUAACACGCCAGUUGGGACUAACAUGAGUUAUGAGGUGGAAAGUAAAAACGAAAUCCUAAUUAGAGAGAACAUUUUUAAUAUGUUUCCAGUGUCGCAGCCUUUUACGGAGUCCCCUUACAAUCAGUGCGCGGUGGUCGGAAAUGGGGGAAUUCUGAAUAAGUCUCUCUGUGGAGCUGAAAUAGAUGAAUCCGACUUCGUUUUUAGGUGUAACCUCCCCCCAACCACAGGAAAUGUUAGUAAAGAUGUUGGCAGUAAAACCAAUCUCGUGACUGUAAAUCCCAGUAUCAUAAAACUAAAAUACGGGAACUUAAAGGAAAAGAAAGCAUUAUUUCUGGAGGACAUUGCAACGUAUGGAGAUGCAUUCCUUCUUAUGCCAGCGUUUUCCUUCAGGGCCAACACUGGUGCCUCUUUUAAAGUGUACGACACACUGAAAGAGUUUAAAGCAAGACAAAAGGUGAUAUUUUUCCAUCCCAAGUACCUGAGAAAUCUUGCCCUUUUCUGGAGAACUAAGGGUGUGAUGGAGUAUCGCCUGUCCUCUGGCCUGAUGAUCACAAGCGUGGCGGUUGAACUGUGUGAGAACGUGAAAUUGUAUGGAUUUUGGCCCUUCUCGAAAACUGUGGAGGACACACCUGUCAGCCAUCACUACUACGACAACAAUUUACCUAAACGCGGUUUCCAUGAGAUGCCCAAAGAAUACAGCCAAAUUCUCCAACUCCACCUGAAAGGAAUCCUCAAAUUACAAUUUAGCAAAUGUGCAAUAGCCUAAGCAAAGUGUCUUAAAAUGGGAAUCGUUUUAAUUUAAUGCAGUAGGUGAGUAACAAUGUUUCCAAACAUUAAAAGAGGUGUUUGUAGGGUAUACUAGGAAGAGCCCCCAAACUUGGUUUGAACAAAAUUCCCCACUAAGUGUGCACCCUCAGCAACUCAUUCAGUCAUUCUGAUCUUCAGUUUUCCUCCCUGUAAAAUGG